CAAACAAUGGCAACUACAAAAGUCCUUUUAAAUUUCUCAUGGUCAAAAUCUAAGCCUGAAAGUGCCAAGCAUAAAAAGGAAAGUAAGAUCAGUGAAUCUGCUCUUCAACUGGCAAAAUCUGAACUUCGAGAAGAUAAAAAAACAAGGGAACAAUCUCUUGUUCAAAUGCGCGAAUGGCUUAAGAAAAAUUAUGAUGUUGAGAAUGUCAGAACUGAUGACACGUUUCUCUUAAGAUUUUUACGUAAUAAAAAAUUUAGUGUUCCUAUGGCCCAACAGCAAUUGUUAAAAUACUUGAAUAUGAGAAGAGUUAUGGGCCAUUUGGCGUACAAUUUAGACUUUUUGAGUCCUGGAGUAAAGAACUUGAUUGAUAAUGGCUACAUAAUGAUAUCGCCUAUAAGAGAUAUUUGUGGUAGAAGAACAGUUCUUUAUUUCGCAAAUGGCUUAAAUGGUGUGGAAUAUGAGUAUUCUGAUCAAGUAAAAGCUCAUUCAAUUGCAUAUGAAAUUCUUAUGGAAUCGCAAGAAGAACAAAUCUUAGGUGUUGUGCAUAUUGGUGACUUUGCGGGUGCUUCAACGUCCCAUGUGAGCAUAUGGAAGAAUCCAUUGGAAUUUCUUAAGAUUUUAAAAUGGGGCGAACAAUCAAUUCCUUUACGCCAUAAAGAAAUUCAUUUAUAUCAUAUUUCACCAUUGUUAAAAUAUGUUGUUGAUGCUGGAAAGUCGAUAAUUUCUAGCAAAAUGAAAGAAAGAGUUCAUGUUCAUGUGACAGCUGAAGAUCUGAAAAAAGAAAUAAAUUCAAAAGAUGUGCUACCAAGUGAACUUGGAGGGAAAGUUCCAAUGGCUGAGAUGAUCCAACUUUUUAAAAGUGAAUUAACUUCAAGUAGAAAUACUUUACUUUCCUUAGACAAAAUGCAAAUUUUAAAUGACGCUGGGAUUAUAGGACGAAGAAACUGCAAUAAAAAUAAUAACACGGUAUCUGCUUCAUCCGACCAAGUUGUUGGCAGUUUUCGUAAAUUAGAAUUUGAUUAAAAUUGAUUCAAUUUUGAACAUGAUGAAUGAUUGUUUACUUCUUGAUUCAAAAAUGACAUUAUUGAUACAUUCAGCUUGAAAUUUUCAUAUUUUUGUUACUGGA